AUGCCUGUUGAAGCAUUGACGAUUUUCCGAAAGCAGAUCGCGAGCUCUAAUCUGAGUUUGGAUCAAUCAUGCAUUUUCAUAUCAGAAGAAACAGCCCCAUGCUCUGUAUCUGGGAAAUUCAAUCUCUCCCUCGCCCAUGAGGCCUCCUUCAAGAGCAUCAAGGUGAGGCUACGGGGCACUAUGGCUAUUGCCAUUGAGGGGAUUUUGGGCACAGAUUAUCGAGAGCAAGUGACCUUUGAUCAUAACCAAGCACUAGCUUCCUCCAAAACCAACUUUCGAAUGCCGCCGGGAGAUCAUGCAUUCCUGUUCGACAUCCCACUUCCAUGUAAACUACUGGAAACAGUCACUGGCCCAAAACAUCAAUAUCACACAUACCGUGUAGAUGUUGUUAUUGAGCGACGUCUCAAAAGCGAUUUGGUAAUAUCGCACCCGGUCAGGAUUUAUCAGAUCUCAGACUUUAACACGAGCUAUAUGAGGCCCUCAAGCCCGCUGACACUUGAAGGGCAUACGGACAAUGGUGUUCAGUAUUGCGUUUCGAUCACCGAUCGAAAUGUGCCUUUCGGUUGUACCUUUCCUGUGGAAUGCUGGUUCGCGCCGUUGUCGAAGGACAUCAAACUCAAUGCUGUGACUAUCAAAGUGAUUGAGAAACAGACUGUCCGACUGGAAGCUACGGCCUCAGAAUCAGUGCGACACAACAUACACUUUAUCACCGAGGCGCACAGUCAAACUGUGUUUUCAGAAAGUCUCGAUUUUGCCCAAGGGGGUGAUCAGAACCCGGAUAAUGACUCUGAUAUUGAGUGGCGCUUUAUGCAGCCUGUCUGCCUCCCAAAACGCUUGGAUUCCUGCUCACAGAGUAUCUCAAACAAGCAUAUCAAGAUAAGCCAUGACUUAGUUGUCACAGCGCAGUUUGGGAAUGGAACUGAGCAGAAAGCAACUCAGAUCAAGUCAGUGUUGCCUUUCAAGAUUUACAUGACUCCUAAUGUAACCAAUGACGGUGCAUCCGCCCACGGGCAAGACAUUCAACAGAUGCAGAGCAAUCGAACUCCACCCCCGGCCUACAUCGAUCACUUCUCAGACCUUGUUGUCCCGGAUGCCACGGACGUGGAUAUUUUCGACCACCCAAUGCUCACGGAGAUAUCUUCUCCACGAUCAUCGAGUGAACAAAGCACACCUGUUCUAGCUGUGCCGCCCGCGCCACUGUACGAACAGGCUGUUUAA